CCCACUUCCGCAGUCGGCGCGCUGAGUACUUAACCGCCAGAGCAUCCGCAACACGAGAUCACUUUCCCUCUCGCGUCCACUUUAGAACGAGACACAAUCGCAAUCUCAUUAUGGCGUCCUCAGUAGCGCAGAAGCGACUCUUCCAUGAGUACCGCAACCUAUCCGUGAACCCUCCCGAGGGCAUCACUGCCGGUCCCGUCAACGAGGAUGACAUGUUUCUCUGGGAGGCGCUUAUUCAAGGACCGGAGGGCACUCCCUUUGAAGGAGGAGUGUUUGCUGCAGAGCUCAAGUUCCCGAAGGAUUAUCCGCUCAGUCCCCCUACGAUGAAGUUUGUUGGUGGUGGAGUGUGGCAUCCGAAUGUAUAUCCCAAUGGAACUGUGUGUAUCUCCAUCCUCCACCCGCCUGGCGAUGACCCCAACCACUACGAGCACGCCUCCGAGCGAUGGUCGCCUAUUCAGAGUGUUGAGAAGAUUUUGAUUUCUGUUAUGAGUAUGCUUGCGGAGCCGAAUGAUGAGAGUCCCGCCAACGUAGAGGCCGCGAAGAUGUGGAGAGAGAGGAGGGAUGAGUAUGAAAAGAAGGUUAGGGAGGAGGUGAGGAGGGGACUGGGGCUGUGAUACGUCUUCAUGAGUGACAUUCGAUCAUGCGCUUUGGCCAGCGUGAUGCUGUCGCAUGUCAUGAGUUGGUCGAGCAUUCAUUGCGGGCGUUAUGUGGCGUUCUUCGAUUAUCCUGAUGCUCUGC